GCAUGAGUUGGAAGCAUGGGCCCGUGCGGGGGCGGUCACUGUGGCGAUGUUGGCUUCGAAGUUGGAAGGCGUCUGCUGUGGCAGAGCAGGUGGUGUAAGCAGUUGGAAUCACGGGUCCCUGCGGGGGUGGUGGUUGCUAGAACAAGGGUGCAUUCAGUUACUGUAUGGAUUGGGCUGUUUUCACUAUCGGACAUCUUUCUAAAAAAUCUGGGAGAAGAAGCGAUUUUAACCAAGCCAGACCUCAUAGACAAGGGAACGGAGCAGAACAUCCUGGACAUCGUCCAGAACAAAGUUAUCCCUCUCAGCAAAGGUUACAUCAUGGUGAAAUGCAGAGGCCAAAAACAGAUUGAUGAAAAAAUGUCUCUGGAUAGGGCAAUUCAGAUGGAAGCAGACUUUUUCAAAAAUCAUGAGGUUUUCAGUUGCCUCAUGAAUGAGGACAAAGCUACGGUUAAAUUUCUUUCAGCAAAAUUGUCCCAGUUUCUUGUUGAUCAUAUCAAAAAGUCACUGCCACUGCUCUCAGAAAAAAUAAAGAGGCAGAUAUGGGACCUGAAAAGUGAGCUCAAGGGAUGUGAAUUGGGACCACCACUUGACCCUCAGGAAGCAAAAAUCUUCCUAAUUACGACCUUAACAGGUUUUAACGAAAUGAUCAAGGACUUGUCACUUGGGGAGCUGAUCGAUGGGGAGCUCAUGAAUAGGGAGCUGAACUGUGAGGACAACUUGAUGGGCCAGCUUCGGGCGGAGUUCAAAAACUGGAAUGAUAAUCUUGAACAAACCAAGGAGUCAUUUCACAAAUCAAUUGGGAAAUUUAAGGAUCACAGCCAGAAAUGCAGAGGAAGAGAACUGCCUGGGUUCAGCAACUACAAAGUGGUUGAGAAGUUUUUGCAGGAAUGUCUGAAAAAUCUUAAGGAUCCUGCGAUUGAAUCACUCAGGGUCACAAAAGAUAUCAUCCACAAGCAAUUUACCAAGGUUUCGCAUCAGUGCUUCCAGAACUACCCUUAUCUUCUAAAUGUCACUAAGAACAAAAUUGAUAACAUCCAUUUGAAGCAGCAGGCCAAAGCAGAGCAAAGGAUCUUGGAGCAGUUUGAAAUGGAGAACUUGAUCUUCACUCAAGAUGCUAUCUACAAGAAGAUCUUGUAUGAAAUCAGCAAACCAGAUGAGAAAUAUUUGGAGGAAAAGCUUCCUGUCUUUGAUAACAAAAGCAUGUACCCUGAAAUGCUUCAGGCUUAUUAUCAGAUUGUGGUGCAGCGGAUGGCUGACCAGGUGCCCAUGUUGAUCCUCUAUUUCAUGCUAAGGGAGACUGCUCGCCUCCUGUGCACUGAGAUCCUCAGUUUAAUGGAUGGUGCCCACGUGAAUGAGCUUCUGUGUGAAGACUCUGAUGUCGGCAGAAAACGAAUAGAAAUACAGACACGUCUGGAUCGUUUAAACAUUGCUCAGGAAAGAAUAAGUAAUUCUGUUUAGGGAAAAACCUCAGACAGCUUAACCCGUAAAAUGCAUCAUUGUAUAUCAGAUGUUUUUCUGGUUUAUAUUGUUUUAUUUUUACAUAUUUCAGCAUCUCUUCCGUGUUACUGUUCCUCCUGUUCAUCCAAAUACUUAUUUUUUAAACCUGUAUUUUGUCUCAUGUUCGUUAACCCAGGAUUAAGUUAUAAACAUUCACGUGUACAUGUUGGUAGGCUACAUUCACAUACAUUGGGGAUAUGUUGUUAUAAAUCAAGAAAUGUCUCUGCAGUAGGCUUUUCAUAAUGUCAGGCUUUUAAAGUUCUUUUAAAUGUGGCAGCCGCAGCAAGUGUGCAUUCAGACACAAGCCCCGUUCAUCAGUUGUAUUGUCCUGAAAGCGUGGUCUGUCAAAACAUAUCAAAACAUUAAAAAUGAAACUGUUGAUCCAGUUUACCAAAUGAAAGCGUGUUGUGAAAUAUAUGCAUUAAACAGGACGUGAUGAGAUCUUUGGAUAGCAACCAGAACCACGGGUUACAUAAACAUUGACGAAACAUUGAUUCUUUCUUUGUUUGACGCAUCAUGCUGCUUAUCGUUUGUUUCAGAAACUACCUUUUUACCAUUAGAAAGUUAAAACUGAUCAUAAUAUUACGUCGACCAAGCAAAAUGAGGUCAGUGCGGUGCGAGGCAAGAAACUUGCGACUUUGCCGUUUUUUUUCUCUGUGAUUUUUUUCAGCCAAAAGUUUCAGAAACAGUCUAUUUGUUUUGUAGCUCAACUUCUGACAAGUUAAACAUCUUAUUUGGAAUACAUUUUAAAACUUCUACGUGCCGAAAUAAUUCUGUUCUUGAAUGACUUGCAAAUAAGGCUCAAUGUGAGACGGCGCUCUCGCAAUUCACAUGAAGCAGCACUUAAAAGGGGAUUUCUAGCACAGUUUAAAGUGAAGUGGUGUUGUUUAUUGUUUUAUACUGUUGUAUGAGGUCUACUUAUGACAUUCGUGUGGUUUUUACAUUCAAAAACAUCAAAAUCAAUAAGUAAUAGGCUAUUUUCUACCCAGGUUUUGAGGCCAGCUCUGCAAACGCUGGGUUUUAAUGGGCGUGCCGCAUUGAAGACACUUGGAAGUAAACGCCCACCGCUUUGAUUGGAUAGCAGUUUGUGUUGUGGGAGUCUUCUGUGAAUUUGGUUCGAGACGUAACGUUAGGUUACACAUUAGCAUCAUUCACAGUUUUCGCACGGCAGUAUUAUCUGGAGACCUCCUGUGAUUUAUAAAUGACCUCCCCACAUCAGUAUUUCAUGCGACGCAAUCGCAGAUGUGAUGGCAAGGCUUUGUUUGUACAGUUUGUAUAGCCUAUACUUGUAUUGCGUUUAAUGAUAUAUGACCGUACCUGUCUGCAUUUGAGACCCGUGAUCGCGAACCGGACAAAAGAUCAUUGCGAUCAUCGCGGGUCUCAAAUGUUACGAGAGUUUCCAUGAUAAAUAAACAAACGGGAGACUCCCGGUAACUUAUGGAUAUCACCCAUCUCUAACAAAGCAAUAGAGACGCAUAGUACAAACAUGUUUUACUCACAUAAGAUUGCUGCGCCAUUCCUAUCGGAUCCAAUAUUGACGGCACAGACAGCACUGCUUUUUAAUUCGACCUGUGCCUUGUUCACGAAGGAAUCCUCGGAGAAAUGAAACGAACGAAUGUUUUUCCCACAUGAGCCAUGAGCUGGAACGUCUUUAAAAAUAAACUUUAACCCCGCAUUCCUAAUAUUGGAAUCCGAAGGAAGGUUAUGCAGAGACUGUAUUCUUCCACAACCUGGGAUGGCACAAUAUUUAGCUUUAUCUUUAACGACAUGUUUGUUUAUUGCUUGCUCGCUCUAUCUGGUUCCGCGCCACUGGUUCUGUCAUGCGUGAACCAGUGGGCAGGGAUAGAGAAGUAGUGGUUGAUAUUUUUCUGUGGAGGCGGCGUUCAACCUAUCAAUGUCAUAGAUAGGUGCAUUCGAGGACCUGGCGUUCGCUGGGCCUGGUGUCAAUAACAGAUGUAAUCUCAGUAACAAGGGCGUUUUCAGUUCUGACACUUACAGGAUGUUCGCUUGAAUACGAUUCCCUCUUAUAUAACAAAAGCUCGGGUCAAAUUGUGAUUUUAUGUCAUGCCUCCUUUAAGCAUAGGAAACUAUAUGUAUGCUAUAAUAGAUAUCAGGUUUAAUUAAUGAUUGAAAUAUGUUGUGUAAGUGUGAUUUUGCCAGCGAUUUUAGAAAUGAAUGUUGCCAGGUUAUACUUUCCAGUUAUCUGAAGCCUGCACUUUAAAUGCCUUUCAAUAUUCAGCUCUUUGUUACUGCUCACACAAGCUCCAUCAACCCCCACCUCCUACUGCAGGAAGAAAUCACCCUAUAACACUUCAGCCAAAACUCAAAAGAGGUGUCAAUUGAGAAGUUGCAUAUUUAAAAAUAGACUGAAAUGUAAACAGGGAUUUUUACCUUAAUUACUUAAUAAA